AUGGCAAUAACCUCCUCAGACUUAGCAGUAGAUGCAAGAAGAUACAGAGAAAAACGGGAACCAUUCGUUUUAUUGAACCUAUUACUUUUGCGACAGGAAAAUGGGUCAACAAAACUAUGGGGUUUUAUCAGACCCUCACAAAUAAAAAAUAUAGGUGGUUCGAUUAACUCAUCACAGAGACAAGUGAGCUUUUUUAGAUUUAGCAAUCCACAAAGUUUUGCUCCACCACAUGACCCAGCUAGUAGUAAUGGACGCUCAAUUCUUCGCCUUCCUUCAGUUUCAGGGAAUAUGCGAAUAAACACUUCAGGUAUACCUAACCAUAAUCGAAUAUCAAGGGGACCAAAUUUACCAACGACUAGAAGAUUAAAUUCUCUUGGUGGUCAUGGUCCAAAUAGUCCUACAUUUUUCAGAAGGCCACGCGAAAAUUCUGAUGCAUGUA